CGAAAUGUUUUGGAUCAAAUGAAGGUGAAAAUAAUUGAAAAGGCAAAAAAAAAACUCAAAGAAACCGAUCAACACUGAACCACCAAUAGAGUAUUAUUAUUUCUACAAACAUUGAGCAAGUAGCAAACGUGCGCUCGUGAUGACCCGAAAACAUUUCAGUGUGAGAGGGGAAAAAAUCGAUUGGCACAGUUUGCGUUCUGGAGUGUGUAAAAUCAUAUGACUGAAGUCAAUGUUUGUCUAUAAGUGUUGGGCUGCUGAGAAAGAGUCAGUUUUGUGAGAGAAAAAUUCAAAUGAACGGUAUUUUGCUUUCACAUUAAAGCGUGUGUUCCUCCGUUCAACGUUGAAAAUCGGUUGCACUUUGCACCUAUCUCGCUCACAUGUAUGUCGCAAUGGUGGCGGUACAAUGUGAAUUGAUAGCACAAGCGCGCGCGCACGCUCGAUCGCCCACUGUCGCAAUAUUUUGUGUUCAAUCCACCAAUUUUAUGUAUAUGCACAAACAUUGACAAAGAGCUAAAGAAAAGAGAAUCACAUAUAUGUAUCGCUUCAUCGAUUCUAAUUUAUUGCACUGUGAGUGCAAUUGAGUUGGCAUUUGCAUACAGGCGAAUAUAACCAAUUUGCUUGAAUAUUGCUGUUGCUGUUAUUGUUGACAUGGGUUAAGUUCUCUAUUGAAAUUUAUCCAUGUGUAUGAGUGUACAUGUGUUAGAAUGGCUCGUUGACGGUUCAGCUCAAAGUGUCGGUAUGAGUACGUACAUGCAGUGUGUACGUAAUUUUUGUGUUGAACAUUUUCAACAAGCAUUUCAUUGAAGUCUCUUUCUCUCGGCAUUGGCUUUAGCGUACACGUAUACACGUAAGCAUGCCAUACGAGACAGUGUGUGUGCGCCCAUGUGUUGAGUUAUUUAGUUCAGGGGGUCUGUUUCAUAAUCGCCAUCGUUUGCCUAAUGCAUAUGUAUUGACAUCUCUUCACAGAACAAAUAUGAAUAAACACAAUCACAGACGGCGGACACGCAGAGCGUGUACUCAAACGUAUGAGUGAGAGUGAGUGAGAGAGAGAGAGAGAGAGAAAACUUAAAAAUGAACAUUAACACGGCCGAAAAGUGUUUCGGUUAGGUUAGUAAUAAGUAAACUGCUGCAGUGUCAAUUAGUAUGUGACUCUAUCUCGAGCAGUUCGUUUUAUUUUUGUUCCUCUAUUUUUGUACUCUGUCUUUUUUUUGGGGUAUUUGGUUUUCAUCGGUGUUCGUUUGAACGUUUUUUUUUCCUCAAUUCUAUGUCAAAACGUUCACUCAUUCAAGCAAAUCGGCUAAAUGAGUGAAUAACCGGGAUUUGUACGUAAAAUUCGGAUUAAUGAAAAAAAGCGAAAGAAAGACUGUGAAUUUGCUAUUUUAAAUGAGAUUGUGACUGAAUCAGAGUGAACAAAUUUUAUCGAUUGAAAGACACACAUUUUUGUAGUGAAAGACUGUGCCAAUCGAUUCUCGUACAUUAUUUAAAAAUCCACACAUUUACGAGAGAUAUUCAAGUGCUAAACGCGAACAUUGAACGUAAAAAUAACAAACUAAAAAACAUACACUAUUUUAUUUCAUCCAAACGAGCCGUUGUUUAUAUCCAUCCAUUUAUGCGACAUCGCAUUCUGCGUAUACAUUGACGUGGUAUUUGUAGUACACGUGCAACUCAACGAAACUUGGCUUCAAUUGACAUUGAACGCGCGUAUCCAGUCACUAAACGGAUUGUCAUUUUGGAAAUCGCGUUGCCAUUUGGUUUCGAUUUUUUCUUUCUUCGGUUUUAAAUCCAGUUUCGUCAGAACAAAGGCAGAAAUCAUUUUGACCGGUGUUGAACGGAACAACGUUGUAAAUGGCUGAAGCACAUCAAGCUGUUGCAUUCUCAUUUUCAAUCACACACGAAGGAUGGGACAUCAAUUACGACCGAGAGGUUCUUAAUCUCGUCUGGGAUUCGGGCAUUCGAUCAUGGAAAAAACGCAUCGGACGUCUUAGAAAUAGCAUUCGUAAUGGAGCAUAUCCAGCGCAUUUGCAAAGCUUAUGGAUUAUUAUAUCGAUAGCAGUGGCCUUACAUUUCUCUGGGAAAAAAACACCAUUUGAUUUGGCAAAUCGAAUUCUGCCAUGGCUUCCGGGAGAUUCAAUUUUAUGGCAUGUGGUGGCAUGUUCGUUGACCGGACUCUUGUUUUGGCUAUGUAUUUGUUUCACAAUGCGUUACACGUUGAAACUGUUGCUGAUGUACAAAGGCUGGAUGUAUGAAUCGCGUGAAAAGGGUCGCCAAGUAUCGACGCGAACCCGUUUGUGGGCGGCUGCCACUAAAGUCCUCUCAAGUUGGAACAAUCCCGGAUUGUACAGUUUCCAAGGAUCACUUCCGAGAUUGCCACUACCAAGUGUGCAUGAGACUUUGGAACGAUACUUGGAUUCAGUUCAUCCGUUGCUCGAUGAGGAUAACUACAAGCGUAUGGAAGAAUUAGCCAAAGAUUUUGAACGAACAAUUGGCCCAAAGUUGCAACGCUAUCUCACCCUCAAAAGCUGGUGGUCAACUAACUACGUAUCUGAUUGGUGGGAAGAAUACGUUUACUUGCGUGGCCGUUCUCCAUUGAUGGUGAACAGCAACUUUUAUGGCAUUGACGCUUUGUUCUUAUCCAACACAAAUGUUCAAAGUGCUCGCGCUGCUGUUGCCGUCAAUUUGUUGUUGAGAUUCCGACGCUUGGUCGAUCGUCAGGAAUUGAAACCGAUUAUGGUGCAAGGACUGGUACCAUUGUGUUCAUGGCAAUACGAACGAAUCUUUAACACUGUUCGCAUUCCAGGCAUUGAAACCGACCGAAUUAUUCAUUACCAAGACUCAAAUCAUAUUGUUGUUAUGCAUAAGGGAAGAUACUAUAAAGUCACGAUUUACUAUAAGGGACGCAUCCUAAAGGCACCGGAAAUUCAAGCGCAAUUGGAAGAAAUUCUGAACUCAAAAUCCGAACCAUUGCCAGGUGAGGAGUUGUUGGCAUCGUUGACCGCAUGGAAUCGAACAAAGUGGGCUGAAAUUCGAAAUACGUUAUUCAACAAAGGAAUCAAUCGUGUCUCAUUGCACACAAUUGAAACGGCUGCAUUCAUUUUAUCAUUGGACGAUGAAUCCUAUGACACGGACAUUCACAAGGAAGGCGCCUUAGAUCAUUUUGGCAAGUCAUUGCUCCAUGGAAACGGCCACAACAGAUGGUUUGAUAAGAAUUUCACACUAUGCGUCGGUACAAACGGUCGUCUUGGAUUUAACGCUGAACACACUUGGGCUGAUGCUGCUGUGAUGGCUCACAUUUGGGAAAACAAUAUAAUGGACGAAGUUAUUGAACAUCCAUACGAUGACGAUGGCAACUGCAAAGGACCAAUUGAUUUCCAACCACCUUCGCCUCAACGUAUGUCUUGGGAUUUGAACAACGAUGCCUGCCUCACCGCAAUCAACACAUCCCAUGAAGAUGCACAGAAAUUGUUGAACGACUUACAGCUCCGGAUUUACGUGCACGACCACUACGGAAAGGGUUUCAUGAAGACAUGCCGCGUAUCACCUGAUGCUUAUAUACAAAUGGCUCUUCAAUUGGCCUACUAUCGAGACGCAGGACGUUUUUCUCUCACAUAUGAAGCAUCGAUGACACGUUUGUUCCGAGAAGGUCGCACUGAAACCGUUCGACCGUGCACCAUUGAAUCAGCCGCAUGGGUCAAAUCAAUGGCAGACGGCAAAUCUACUACUGAGCAACGAGUCGAAUUGCUACUAAAAGCUUGCCAACGACACCAAAAAGGUUACCAAGAUGCCAUGUGUGGCAAAGGAAUCGAUCGACACUUGUUCUGUUUGUACGUCGUAUCAAAAUAUUUAGAAGUAGAUUCGCCAUUUUUGAAAGAAGUUCUCAGCGAACCAUGGCGAUUGUCAACUAGUCAAACGCCGCACGGCCAAACCAGCAAAAUGGAUUUGCACAAACAUCCGGAGUGUAUCAGUGCUGGUGGUGGUUUCGGUCCAGUUGCUGACGACGGCUAUGGUGUUUCAUACAUUAUUGCCGGUGAAGAUCUGAUAUUUUUCCACAUAUCAUCAAAGGCCAGCUGUGCGACUACGGACGCUGUAAAAUUCUCUAGGGAAAUCGAACGAACAUUGGCUGAUAUGAAAAAUCUCUUUGAAGAAUAUCAAUGCCUUAAGAAAUUGGCAAACGGUUCGUCGAAAUAGGCAGCAGCUGCAAUCAUAUCGAUAGUGGUUUAGUGCAAAGGGAGUAAUUUUAGGCGAAAACAAUUCAAGAACAAAUAUGAAAUCAGUCAUCAGUUAACAAAGUCUAAGAGAUAGCGGAUGAAAAAAAAUGCCCUAAUUUUUUUUCUCUCUCUCAAGAUCAAAUGACCGAGUAUUAUCGCUCCUGAGAUAAAGACAGUUCUGAGUCUUUGUGUAUUUGUUUUUUUCGAAUUUUUUUCUGAAUCAAUUUUUGUUUUUGUAUGAAGAUAUGUUUUGCAACUAAGUGUACCUUCACCAACUUUCGUUAUUUAUGAAUCAACGGACGAACUAAAAGACGAUAUUUUCUUAAAUGUCUGUGGAAUAGCUCAUUAUUUUAGAUAGGACUGAGACCAAUUGAAAAUUAUGAACAUAGUAUGAAUGUUGUGAAUAAAUUGUUUGAUUCAAGAUACAAAUCGGUUUAGUGCUCGUAUGAUAAAUGAUUUUUUUUUUCUCUCUUCAAUUCGAAGAUCACACCACUUCACACAUAUUGGACAAUUGUUAAACGUAAUUUUAUAAAAUUUUAAACCCUUUCUUGUUUAGCAGUAAGUUGAUAUAAGCAAAUCCAAUUGAUAAAAUAAAAUAAAAUAAAUAGAA